AUGCCACGCAAAGGUGUGUCGCUCCAGGAGAAGCGCGAGCGUAUCCUGCGCAUCUACCACGAGUCCAAGGAAGUGUUCAAUCUCAAGGAGGUGGAGAAGCUGGGCUCCAAGGCUGGUGUUGUGCUGCAAACAGUCAAAGAUGUGAAUCAAGCGCUGGUGGACGACGCCUUGGUGGACUGUGACAAGAUUGGAUCGGGCAAUUACUUUUGGUCGUUCCCGUCGAAGCUGUCGCAAUCGAGAAAGCGCAAGCUCAGCGAACUGGAGCAACGUCGACAAACUGUGCAGGAGAAAUUGGCCAAAGUGAAGCGAAACAUCGAAGAACAGAAGUUGUUGCGCUCGGAAUCGGACGAGCGUUUGCAAAAGUUACGUCGCUUAGAAGAGCAGAAAACCAAGGUGACAGCACUGCGCACCAAAGUGCAGCACCUGGCAGAGAACGACCCCGCGAUUCUGCAAGAACUGGAAGGAAAAGUCCGCGUGGCGAAGGAAGGUUCCGACCGAUGGACAGACAACGUGUACACGCUCAAGUCAUGGGUGGUGAAGAAGCGUGGUGUCGAGGGCAAAGAGGUGGACAAGUGGUUGGGGAUCAAGGACGAUUUCGACUACGUUGAGUAA